UGCCCUAAUUUUGCCCCAGCGUGGAAGAAGCAAAGAAAAAGCGUCGCUCUCUCCGAUCGCGGGCAGGGCGUCAUCGCGAUCCAUGUCUGGUUAGAAAAUCCGGCACACUCGCAAUGUAGCUGUAGCGUGCAUUGCAUUUCCAGGGAUUGUAACAAGCAAGGAAGGAAUCGAUGAGCGCAUUUAGGCUCCCUCCUCGAGCCGCGAGGCUUGUUCUCGUCAAAUCCCACCGCUGUGUGAGAGAUUUCCAUCGUUUUCCGCCGCAGAGAAUGACUGCCAGCCGCUUGUUCUGCUCGCUAAAACUUGGGAGAGUGAGUGAGCUGUGUAGUGGGAGUGGUAGUAGGCGUCCAAAGCAUCAUCGGCCUCCUCCUUCCUGGUCCUCACUCUUGUCAAGCUUUGCUUCAGGAUGUAAAGACAAAGACUCGACCGGAGCGUCGCCCUCGGACAUCGCCAGUGGCCUCAACGAGGUGAAAAUGAUGACGCAGCUCGAGGAGGCACUGGGGACGCCUUUCGAUGUCGGGCCUCAAGUUCCCGCACCAAAGCCUCUGGUAAUUGUCAUCAGUGGCCCAAGCGGUGUUGGCAAAGACUCUGUCAUCAAGAGGCUUCAAGAAGUGAGGAAGGAGAUACAUUUCGUGGUGACCGCCACUAGCAGGCAAAAGCGUCCCGGAGAAGUUCAUGGUGUCGACUACUACUUCGUCAGCAAGGAAGAGUUUGAGGAGAUGAUUGACAAGAAAGAGCUCUUGGAGCAUGCGCUGGUCUACGGAGAUUAUAAAGGGAUUCCUAAGAAACAAGUGCGAGAUUGCUUGGCCGAAGGGAAGGACGUCGUUUUGAGAGUUGACGUCCAAGGAGCUGCCACAGUUCGCUCGAUACUCGGCUCCAACGCCGUUUUCAUCUACAUCGUCGCAGAGUCGGAGUUUGCUCUGGUGAAGAGACUGAUAGAAAGAAAGACGGAGAGCAUGGAGAAACUGGUGGUGAGAGUAGCAACCGCAAGAGACGAGCUCAAGAGACUGGAAGAGUUUGAUUACGCGGUGGUUAACUCGGACGGGCAACUAGAGAGAUCAGUGAACGCCAUAUGCGGGAUCAUCGACGCGGAAAAGUCUAGAGUGAUUCAGAAGCUGGCAAGCAUCUAAUCGGCAAGUCAUUUUCUUUUUUCGUUUUCUUUUCCUCUUAUAUUCGAAGGCCCCAUGCAUUUCGAUA